CGGUAGGCUGCACAGUAGCACAUGACGCUCCUUCAAACGCUCCAUCCCAUUAAAAUAAAAUUCAAAGAGACAGGCGCCAAAGUGCGCCAAAAUGUGCCAAAAUUCCGCGCCUUCCGACCCACACCCUCCGCCCUUUAUUUCUUCGCCAUUCUGACCGCACUUUCAUCUCCUCUUCUUUCCUCUUUUUGACUUUUACCUCUCAAUUCACUCGGAAAUCCCAAAUGAAGGGCCGCCUUUCCCACCCAUCUACUCCUAUCCCCAACGACUUCGUUCGUAAGACCGGCAAAAAACGUGGCGGCUACAACUGUGGCCGAUGUGGUCUUCCAAAAAAAGGCCAUGUUUGUGAUUUUACUAAGGAUAGUAUUAAUGAAGUUCCUACGCCGACAUCUGGUGAUGCUAAAUCCUUUGUUUCACCUUCUAUGAGUUCUGUUAUUCGUCCUCAGCCCCCUCCUCCACCACCGCCACGUCAGGCAGUUCCUCAGCUCCGGCGAGCACUUUCAUUUGAUGACAUUGGUGUUACGGAUGAAUCACCUGGAUCUGAUGAUGAUGAUGAUGAGAGGGAGGAACUUUUGGAUCUUGAGAGUGAAUUAGAUAUAAGUGGGUCUGGGAAGUUGCCGGCGAAUUGUUUAUGGGAAGUGCUUAAGAGAUUGCCUCCAUCGUCGUUGCUUUCUUCGGCGAAGGUGUGUAAAGGUUGGAGGGAUGUUUCUAGAAGGAUUUGGAGGUCGGCUGAGGAGCUCAGACUUGGGGUACCUGUGAAUGCUCAAAUUGGACUUGUUGGAUCAGUGUUGAAGAAGUGUCCUGGACUUGUUAAGCUUUCUCUUAGAAUGAAAAGUGAUGUGGAUGCAACAAUGCUGGCAUGCAUUGCAUUUUCCUGUCCUAAUUUGGAUUCACUGGAGAUCCUCACUUCUGACACCUCCGUCAAUCGAAUCACAGGGGAUGAAUUAGGUCGUUUUGUUGCUGAAAAAAGGUGUCUUACCAACCUUAAGAUGGAAGGCUGCUCAAAUCUUGGGGGAUUUACUCUUUCUUCAACCAGCCUUUCCGCUCUCUGCCUUUCGGAUCUCUUUUGCCACUCUAAGAUGGUCUUCAACUGCCCAAAUUUGAAGGAGAUUUCCCUGGAAUUUUCUCGCCAAGAGAAUGACAAUACUGAUCUUACUGCUAUGGUGGAUGGUCUCGGAAAGAGCUGCCCAAGACUACAGAACAUUCAUGUUGCUUCAGUUCGGCUUACACAUGCUGUUGUUCUUGCUCUAACAGCAGCAAAUUUAAGGGGAUUAAGAAUGCUUUCCCUUGUAUUAGGCUCAGAAAUAACUGAUGCGUCUGUUGCUGCUAUAUCUUCAAGCUACUCGUGGCUUGAGUUACUUGAUUUGAGUGGGUCUAGUAUCACUGACAGCGGCAUCGGAAUGAUAUGCAAUGUAUUUCCAGAGACAUUGUCUAACCUUCUCCUUGCGCUUUGUCCAAAUAUCACCUCAAGUGGUAUACAAUUUGCUGCAGCUCAGUUGCCCAAUCUAGAACUAAUGGACUGUGGAAUGAGCAUAUGCAAUCCAGAUCUAGACAGUCCUACAAGUCAGAAAAAUGAUAAUGUCGAGUUACAAAGAACACCAAGUAGUAAAUUACACCUUAUAUAUCAGAAACUGAUUAUUAAGCACAGCCGCUUGAAGAAACUCAGUUUAUGGGGUUGCUCUAGCUUAGAUUCAUUAUAUCUAAAUUGCCCAGAGCUUAAUGAUUUGAACCUGAACUCUUGUAUCAAUUUGAAUCCAGAAAGAUUGCUACUUCAGUGUCCCAAUCUGGAAAGUGUACAUGCAUCAGGUUGUGAAGACACAUUGGUUGAAACUCUUAAGAAUCAGGUUAGUGAUGAUUUUACGGCUGAAGAUUAUUUUCCUUGCAAACGUCUUCCUGAUGGCUCAAAAAGGAUUAGAGUUCCUCUCUUGUACAGCCCCCAGGUAAUACCGAGAAGCUUGCAUCACUACAAGGUGAUAACACACCCAAAAGUUAUGAUUUUUCAUUUAGGAAUCCGUUCGAUGAUGCAAAGAGAAAGAGAAGGAUUUCAAAGCAACGCAGUGCAGUGCUUGUUUAUUAGUCAGAUACUUGUCUUGUACUGGCUUUGUUGUUACUUCCGGCCAUAUGAACUUGUGUCUAUUCUUUGUCAUACAGUGAUCCGAGGCUAAAGCCUAAUCAUGUUAUCCUUAUUUAUAGGAUUAUUCUCAAUGUCAAUACAGGGAUUAUAUGCCCUUUAUCAAUAAAAAGUGCUUGGCUUUGUGAA